UAUAUUGAAACAGUUUUUAAUGAAUUUAUUCUUUUUCUUAUUUAGUCUGCAAUCCAACGUCGUCAGUUAACGCAACAGCAACAAACUAAUAUUUUGACCGACAUCCAGCAACAUCAACAUCGAUUUAACGUUCAUCAAGGCCAACCGCAAUUCCGAAAUCAAUUCAAUGGGAGACCACAGCAAACUUUCGUUCAACAACCAUCUCAGUCGUUUGCAUUUCCACCGCAGACGUCGGUAAUUAACAAUGCGAGGUUCCAACCUAAUCAGCCACCUCCCGCUUUCCGACCUCAACAAGGCAGACAACCUCCAGUCGCAUUACCCUUACAGAACCCUAGACAAGCACAGUUCCAACGAUCAGUUCACAACCAAGUAGGCGGGCAAGGUGCAAACAUCCAACCUUUUAAUCAAUUCCAACAACAAACAUCAAACAAUCCAUUUGCACAACAAGAAAUCUUCAACAACAUCAAUCGACCAGUAGCUGCACCUUUAACUCAACAGCUUCCAGUGCGUCAACAACAGAAUUUCUUGCCAAAUGGUCAAAUUCAAUUCCCGAAUCAAGGUCCUUUCGUUCCACAAAAUAACUUCAAGCAGGAGCCGUCAAGACUUAAUCAAGCUCCACAAUUCAAUGCUCCAACUACAAACUUCCAACAACAGCCACAAAAUAUUCCUUUCUUGCAACCAUCUCAACCAUUGCCAUUGGAUUCAAGAGCGAAUGUCUUCCAAGAUACGAGAACAGAAGAACAACGUCAACGUGAACAACAAUUGCGACAGAAGUUAAUUGAAAAACAAGAGAAAUAUGCACAGAAAUUCUAUCAAAAGCAACAACAGCAAGCACAGAAGGAACAUGAAGAAUUCUUAAGGCAACAACAGCAACAUCAACAACAAGUUCAAGAAAGAUUACGUCCACAACAAUCGCAAUUGAUUCAAAACCAAAAUUAUCACCGACAUCAAGGAGUUCAGCCAACAGAUUUGACAGCAUUCCAGAAAUCAGUUCAGGAAUAUUACAGACAUCAUCCAACGACAACAACGACGACCACAACGCCCCCAGCACCAGUCACAACCACAAGUCCCCUUUUGACCGUCGUUCCACUUAAGAAGACAAAGAGUAAAAGUGAAGUCAAGACGUUGAAUGGUGAAGACAUUCAACUGUUAUUACAGGGAAAUCGUCAAACUUUGUUCAAUCAAUUGAAGCAAGACACUCCCAAAAGUCAAAAAUCAAAAACCGCGAAAUCAUCGCCUAUCGGUCGUGAAGAGCUUCUUCAACAACUUCAAAAACUUGCGCUGUCGGACAAUCAAGAUUUCGGAGAUAAGAAUUUCACAACCCAAGACAUUGUCUUGCCAAACGGUGAACGAGUUCAAGUCAUUCGAACAUCUGAUCCUGAAUUGAUUCGCAAAGCAAAAGCUGGAAAUGGAAAUGCAAAUAUCAUUGAACAAACACUUUCGACAACAACACCGCCACCACUCUCCAUUGAAGAUUUAGCAAAGAGUGGAAUUCUUCCACCUGGCGCUGACUUUGAACGUAUCAAAACCGGUGAAAUUCAAUUGCCACCAGCAGCUAAACCUAAAGACAGCCCAAUUGAAAUUCCAACGCCACCACCAUCAACAACUGUCACUCAACAACGAACUUCAUACAGAACCAGUCAACAAUCAAGUCGACUCACAGUUGUUCCAUUAUCUUCAUCAUCAACAACAAUUCCUAAAAAUCAUCGUGCGUCAUCAAACUUCAAUUCUUUGGUGAGAUCUUCAACUGCAGCUCCACAAACUGUCACAACAAGUCAUCAUCAAAGCUCGAAAAGCUCGCCAAUCUUCCAAUAUUCAUUCUCAGCGACACCACCAACAACUUCAGAUGACAAUGGUCGAUCACCUUACUCAACACUUCCAACAUUCGCAACACCAGAAAGAAGCGUUUUCUCAGUCACACCACGAGUUCAGAGAUUGUCACCAACAACAGAAUCUCCGAAUUUCUCAACUGCAAGCCCAAAUAAUUUUAUUCAUAAUGUUGAUCAUAAGAAAUUCUCAUCAACUCGUGGACAAAUUGCAAGUGCAGCAACAGCUUCACCAUCAUUCGCUUCAUCAUUGUUCUCUUCGCCAUCUUAUUCGCCAACAUUCUCGACGACACCUCCUUCAACUUAUCCAACUGUUAGAUCAACAACAGAAGCUCCUGAGCUUUCAAAUAUUUUGAGAAAUGCUGGUUUGUUUGCAAUGGCGAAAUAUCUGACGCAAUCAGGCUUGGAUGGAAUUCUCAAUGAGACUGGACCUUACACAGUCUUCGCUCCAUCUGACAAAGCUUUUAAGAGUCUUUUGGUUCAACUCGGUGGUCCCGAAAAAGCUGAAGAAAAGUUCAAGAAUAAUCCAAGACUUUUGAGUGGACUUUUGCUUCAUCAUGUCAUUCCUGGUUCAUUUAAGAUUGAAGAAUUACAAGAUGAAAUGACUGGAGUAUCAUUGGCUGGGACUCAAUUGCGUGUUAAUCAAUAUCAGAUGCAAGAUGCGGAAUGGAAUGAUGUGAAAAUAACAACAAUAAAUGGCGCAACAAUUGCCGCUGAUAACAAUGACAUUGUCAUUCCACAAGGCAUUGCACAUGCUGUUGAUCGUGUUAUGUUCCCAUUACCAGUUGGAGAUAUUUUACAAACAUUGCAAUCCGAUAGAGAAAGAAGAUUCACAAACUUCCUGCGAGCUGUUUUUGCAUCGAAAAUGGCUGAUACUUUACAAAACAAAGGUAUUAAAACGUAUACAGUUUUUGCACCAACGGAUCUCGCAUUUUCACAUCUAUCACAAGAAGAACUCAACGUACUUUUAAGUGACAAAGAUUCUGCUCAGCAGCUUGUUCAACGACACGUUCUUCCUUCAACACUUUUCACCUCUGGCAUGAGAUUCUAUCAGGUCAAAGAUACAUUAGCAGAUGACAAAGCAGUCACAGUACAAAAGAAUGGAGGAAAAGUAAAAGUAAACGAAAGCACGAUUACUACAUCAAACAUUCCAUCAACAAAUGGAGUUAUUCAUGCCAUCGAUACGCUUCUAUAAGCUGCCUUUAGAUUCUAAAAAAAUUAAAAACAAAUUGUUUAAAAAUAAUUUAUUAGCUUUGUUUCUUUUGUUUUGAUUUUUGUUUUAUGUAUAUAAUAUCAGAAGCUUUUAAACGGAAAGCUUCGACAACGAGCUUUUCUUUGUUGCGAUUUUUUUUUAAAGAAAAUUUCAUUUUAGAGAUAAAAGAAAUAUUUUAUUGAUUGUUGUCUGAGUUCUCACCAGAUUAUUAAAAAUAUAUUUUAAUAAAAUGUAUUUGUUGUCUUUAAAGCUUUUUAAAAUAAUUAACAAAU